CAUGGUUUAUUUGGAGUGCUGAGGAGGUGGGUUACGAUCCCUCCCCCUUCUACUAUAAAUCCGAUCCAGAGCUGAAUGAAAGAAAGCACAUUAACUCUCUUGGAGCUCUUUGAAUGUUCUUCAGAAGUGGACAUCAUGGAUUCAGCUUUGCUGUUGACUUUGCUUCUACCGGUUGCAGUUGUUUCCCACGUACUGGACCUGCCGUCCCAAGUUCUGCUCAAAGUGGGCGACAGGAGAGAGUUGACUUGCAGCAUGUCUUCUUGCCCGGAGAAGGUGAAGUUUGUUUGGACCACAAUAGAAGACAGACCGUUAUUCACCACUACUGUUUCACGGGACAGAGAAUCUGUGAUGGUCUUUGACAGUGUGAUGAAGAAUCACGAAAACACCAUUCUGUGCAAAGCAACCUGUGGAAAGGAGACAAAACAUGCGGCAACAACGGUUAAAGUUUAUUCUUUUCCAAAAAACCCAGUUAUAUCCGGAUAUGAUAGCUUGAAACUGGGCGAGGAAAGCGUUUUGCGCUGUGAAGUAUCUUCUAUACACCCUUUGGAGUUGCUUGAAGUGCAGUGGCUGUAUGGAGACACAGUUCUUCAGACUUAUGAGGGAGAAUCCGAAGAAUAUGCAUAUUCAUUUCCUUUUAUAUUCACACCUUCUAAUGAGGAUGAUGGGAAGGCAAUAACAUGCAGAGCAUCACUCCGUGUGGAUGGUAUACCAGCUGAUGAGAUGACCAAGGAAACGUCUGUACCAAUGACAGUUCUCUCUGCACCGCAUAAUGUUAAAGUAUCUGGAGUGACCGCCGUCCCGCUGGGAUCCAGUUUAACUUUGACCUGUGAGGCCGAGGGCAAGCCAAAGCCUGCGUUUACAUGGACGGCUCUUAAACCAGAUGGCCAGUCUGUGGAAAUGGGAAAGCAUCAAGAUCUCUUCAUGCAAGACGUGUCCUUAUCGGAUGCUGGUACUUACCAGUGUGACGUUAGCAAUGACUUGGGAAGUCAAAAGGCCAGCGUUUCAGUAGUCGUUCAAGCACCUCCUAUGGAUACCCUCAUUGUAGCAAGUCCACAAUCCACUCUGAAGGAAGGAGACUCUGUGAGCAUUUCCUGCAAUUCCAGCGGUGUUCUAGUGACACACGUGGUGCUCAGUAGGAGGGUGAAUGGUGUAAAAACAGAGAUAAUGUCUAGAGAAGGGGCUGAAACAUCAGUUACCAUUGAUUCCGUCAAGCUGGCUGACUCUGGCAUGUUUGUGUGUGAGGCUUUCAAUGAUUAUGGCAGUCAGGAGACCACUCUCAAUCUAACUGUUGAAGCUCAUUUGCUAGAAGUGGCACUACAACCAGACGACGAGGUUGUGUUGGAGAAAGGCUCCAGCCUGAUCCUCUCCUGUCAGGCUUCAGGUUGUCCUCAACCCAAGUUCUCCUGGAAGAAUCUUUCAAAUAUGCCGAUCCUCAGUCGACUUAAAACAGAUGGCUUCCGGUCCCAGCUGGUUUUCGAUCUAGUAGAGUUGGAAGAUGAGGGAACUUACCUUUGUGAGGUCACGUGUGGCUCGAUCAAGAAGUCCAAACAGACAGAAGUGAAAGUGUUUUCAUUUCCAACAAGUCCUGUCGUGAAAAAUUCUGGACCUUCUCUGGUGGGAGAGAUGAUGAAAUUGACCUGCACUGCUCAGGAAGUUUUCCCGGCCAACCUUUUCCAAAUCCUGUGGAUGGAUGGAGAGCGAGAAGUGCAUUUGGAAACUGGGUCAUUUUCAAGUGGUACAAUAAAUCUGACUUCAGUGUAUUCUUACCGUGUAAACACCGAAGACCAGGACAAACGCAUCACCUGCAAAGUUUUGCUGGAAAUGCGUGGUGUGCCAGCUGCUCAAGCAGUAAAGACAGCAUCUACUACACUGUCCGUUCACUAUCCCCCGAGAGCAACCAGUAUUACUGUGAGCCCACUGACGGAGUUGAAGGAAGGAGAAUCUGUGAGCAUUUCUUGUCUUUCCGACAGCUUUCCAGUGGGGCGUACAGUGCUGAGCAGGGUGAUGAAUGGUGGACAAACAGAGCUAAUGACCAGUGAUGGGCUUGAAACAUUGUUUACCAUCCCUUCGGUCGAGCUGGAUGACUCUGGCGUCUAUGUUUGUGAAACCUCUAAUAUGUAUGGAAGCCACAACGAUAGUGUGGAGAUUACCGUGAAAGCACCACCCAGGAAUACAACAGUGGAGAUCUUUCCAUCCACAGAUGUUCAGGAGGGGCAGAAUAUCACCAUCUGUUGUCGCUCCAUGAGCUUCCCUCCUCCUACGGUGGUCCUCAGCAAGCUGGAUAGCGAGAAAAAUGUCUACUCUCUUGAUGGUGUAUUCCUGAUGAUCAACCUCACUCCUAACGACACAGGCCUUUAUCAGAUCAACGUCACCAAUUACCUGGGCUACGAGACUGAGAUUUUCAAUAUUAGUGUGAUGGAGAAAAGAGUCAACCCUCCAUUAGGCUGGAAUGACUUUCUAAUCCCUGCGAUUUGCCUGGGAGUUGCUGCUGCGCUGCUCGGUGUUGUGGUGUACGUGUGGAGAGCUAGAAAGAAGGGAUCAUACGACCUUACAAAGUGCAAUCUGAGCACUGUGUAGACUGUGUUUACAUUCCAUGGACUGUUUUGGAAGCAGCUACGCUUGCCUGAACUGUCUUGUUAGGGCCCAGGGCCUCCUUAAAGCGAGAACUGCAGGUGACUGGAUUCAUCACCUUGAACGUCAGGUGACAAUAACCCAGCUGGAUGGGAAACUGCAUUCUCCACAGCCAGAGACAAUCAAUGUGACCGUGAUUUGCCACGCAUCCCCAGAGGAAGGAAAUCGAACCGGAGCGGUUUCUUUGUGGUCUUUGUGUUGGGAAGUAUCAGCUGUUUUUGAGACUACCUUGUCUGCACUUAAAGAAGUGUGAAAGUCUAAGCUUGAAAUACAAAUAAAAAAAACUGUGAAUCAUAUAUUUUAAUAUUUUAGCAUUACGAGAAAAUAACCACCAAGUAUUGAUUGAACUGUUUGGUACAUUUUAGAAGUCUAUAACAGUCUGUCUGAUGUACCGAAAUAGAUAUUGUGCCCUAAAAAAAUCUGUAUUUAAUUAUGUGUGAAGUUUUGUCAAAUGCUUUCAUUUUCAUAUUUAUUAAAUUUGCAGCUUUCUGUCAUUUGAUCUGGGAAGGUGUUUUAUGGGAAAAUCCAGGGACAUUUUAGAGUUACAGGAAUCUGUUAAAGCUUCACUUUCUCUUUUGACAUUUCACUUUUGCAUUUCGGUUUUCCUGCAAUGUUAUACUUUCCAUUCAGCACAAUAAAGGUGGGAUGAUUUGGAAAGGCGUAUUC